AUGUCGAAACGCUGGGCGUGGGGCCUCUGUGGUGGUCCUGAUGUGCCCCAUGCCGCAUUGUCUGUAUCUGCAGUCAACACAGAGAGCCGCGGCGUGGGGAUCAAGCAGAGUCAGCUCUCUGUGAGCUCCCACAUUGUGCAAGAGGAUGAUUUGUUGAAAGCCAUAAGAAGAAGCGAGUCGCUGCGCAUAACGUUCGACCUUCACUUGACUGAGAGUACUUCCGUCAAAUGGGAGACCGUCGUAUGGCGUGGCUGCCUUUACAUCCGUGUACCCAGCUGUCUACUUCCGGAAGGCUCGAAGGAGGGCUUCGUUUCUCUUCUUGAGUACGCCGAGGAGACGCUGGGCUGCACCAACGUCGUCGUUUGUCUCCGCAAGGAGCGUCCAGACCGAGCCAUGCUGGUACGCACCUUCAUGUUCUUGGGAUUCACCGUUUUACCACCAACUCACUCCCUGGUUCUGCCAGGUGGGGACGCCGGUAAUCUCUACAUGCACUACGCCAUCGAGUGAUUCACCGGCACUGACGGCUUCCUUCUCGAAUUUAACGCACAGAUUCCUUGUUAGUCGGGUUUAAGACGCAGUUUUUUAUCAAACGCGUCCGGAGCGUCAAGACCAGGAACAUGAAGCUCCUUAUACACUGGGCUCUUUGAUGUUCGUAUUUUGAGUUUGCUGCGCGCGCCAUAUGCUGCGGUCUUCUUACUCGACGGGGAGGACUGCCAAGCAGCGAUUUUAGUUGGACCUUAUUAUUACGAUAAAUUGCGUCAACUGGCAUCCGUAAUAUUAAUACCUGGAAAAAAAAAAACGAAACAUCGUUAGACAGUCAAUCGAUGCCGGGUGGACUAUUCGCGUAAAUGCGCAUCGUCGAGGGGGAAAAAAAAAAAAAAGAAAGAAGAAAAUGCGUCGACACUUAAAGAGACGCAUCUUCAGGAAUCCAUGCGUUAAAUUGGAGCUAGAAAAAGGAUGCGGUGCCGGGUGAUGGAGACGGACGAGAAGGAAAAGGUAGUCACGUAUAUUUUAGAGCUCGUACGUAAAAAAAAAUGGCUUUCGAUGGAUAUGUCGAAUCAUUCUCUUGUGACACAAUGUUUAAUAACUCUUGCAAGAUCGAUAUGCUCGCAAAAGCUUUCCCACGUAUUUCGGAAUGAGGCAGUGCUCUGCCUGAUCGCCCGAUGAGAACGUGGCAUGGUCGCGGGUGUUGGGUCAUGAGAAAAUUUAUUAUCGACAAAGCUCAAUGUUAACUGAGUGGCAGAUUGGGACUCGCCAGGUUUAUAGUUAGUUAUAAAUUGAUAAGUUUAAUAUUGCCCCUUAUACGUAUAUAGACACAGAGAAACCAAACCAAAAGUAAGAAUGGUUCAACCAGCAGGUUGUCGGUGUUUGGUCAGGUUUCCACGAUUAAUUAAAAAAAAAAAACAGCUGCAACUGUAGGCCGAGGCGCCGAUAAUUUCCAGCCAUAAAACGUAGUCUUGAAAGGGCUGAUGUAAUUGUGGAAGAUUUGGCCGUUAUUAUUAUUAUUAAUAUUCGAUAUUAUUCUGUUAUGUCAUUUAAUUAUUCAAAGUAUUCUUUCGUUCGCUUCAAUCGGUUUUAUGGCGUCGCACUUUCUGUACAGAUAUGACGUCGUUUCUCUUAUCGAGGAACAUUUAUUAUUGAUAACGUAUAUCGGCUGAAUUGUACGCGAACGGAUGUGUACCAAGUAUUAGUUUAUUAAGUAUUUGAUUUAUUAUCUUGCGAGCCGGCACUUUGGAGUACUAUAAAUGGUGCCGUACACGACUUUAGAAAUUUUUUAUUAAGAUCUUUUAGAGUCGCACUUGUCUUCGGACAUUUCAUGGAUCGUUACAAUUUAACGGUACCGUUGGCUUUUGUCUUACGCGUGAAAUUAAUUCAGACCUUUCAAUUAUCUGAGAUCCAACGAUGACGUGCAUUGUAGAAGAUCGUAAUUUCUCUUUUCAUAAGAUUUUCCAGCUGUAGGUAUAUAUCUUGUGGUAUUUUCGAGUGAAGCUUCGCUAUAUUAUUAUUGUUAUUAUUAUUAAGAAUAAUCAAUUAUACUUUUAUUGCCUAUUGUUACUGCUCAUUAUUUCUGCGUCGUAGAUCCAUAAUACUAUUCUGGUAAGUCCCAAUCGAUUAACAUUGUAGAAUUCUUGCUAAUAAAUAGGUUCCUUAGUGUUGACCUGGAUACAGACAGCAUGAAAGAAAAAUAUAAAAAAUUCAACCAAAAAAAAUGUGUAAAAGUUUUGAAAAAUUAUGACAAAAAAAUGUUAGUAGUCGGUUAGUUGCGUAAAUAGCGAUAAGAGAAAAUCGGCGAAGGCAAUUACGUGUAGUUGAAUUUGGCGUUGCGAUUCGCUCGAGCGGUGUCGAAACGCGCGUGAAUUCGCUUCGAUUUUGGAUUCGCCGUUUUUUAGUAUUAUACGGUAAAGAAUUACAAUACACACUUACAACUUAUACACAAAUCUACAAUAUGCUACAUUUAUUAUUCAUACGUGAUGAAAUAAUUGCUAAAUAAAAAAUCUAAUUAAAAUUAUGUGCAACGGACGGUCAAUCGAAUUGAUAUUCUUUUUUUUUUUUUAUUUAAUUUUGUUACGUAAAACACAUUGGUAUAAGGCAAUUUAUUUUCUUCAGAUAAAAGGUACUGAGGUAAACUGAGAAAUCACCAUGUCUCUUUUGGUUUUCUUUUAUGUAAUAAAGAAUAGUUUGAUUCUGUGUAUUCAAACAGUGUCCGUGAA